AUGAUGUACCUCUCCACCAACCCUGUACAACAUCAGCGGACAAAGCACAUUGAGAUCGACCUACACUUCGUCCGCGAGCGGGUUUCCUUGGGUGACGUCUGUGUGCUCCACGUUCCCUCUACGUCGCAGUUUGCCAACAUCUUCACCAAGUGGCUACCGUCAACUGUCUACCUCGACUUCCGGUCCAGUCUCAACGUGGUCGACGCCCCCGUUGUGACUGUGGAGGCUGCUGGAAGACCAACGCGACCCCCUCCCCUCGUUCCAUUCCGCCCUGGCUCGAUUCCUUCUGCGUUCUGCCCCCUCCAGCGCCUCCUCCUCUGUUCCUCUAUCCCUAACCCUAACCCAGGCGACGGCGCCGUUGCCCGCGGCUCUCCCUUCACCGACGGCGCCAUCUGGUCCGAGUCCGAGCUGGAGGAGCACGUGUACGUCGGGGAGGCAGCAAGGCCAGCACGCCGUCGGUCCGUCCUUCCCUGGUUCCUCACCGAGCGCCACGAAGAGGAAAAGAUAAUGGUGAAGGAGAAGGGGAAUGAGAAGGGAAAGGGUGCUGGUAAGGAGAAUGCGAAGGCGAAGGCAAAGGAGAAAAGCGUGAAUUACCUAAUUAGGCAAGAUUCGGCGCUGCCUCCGCCGGUUCCGAGGAAGAAGAGGAAGCCUAAGGUGCAGAUUAGGAAGGCGAAAGACAUUCCCAAUGCCCCAACGGGAGAGUUGAUUUGUAGGUUAAAAAAACACCAUCCACCUCCGAGGCGUCUCCCCAACCGCACCGGUGCCGGCGUGCGUGCCGCGGAAGCCGCUGCCUCUACUAUUGUAAGAUUGCUUUACUUGAUGCUUGAUGUAGCCAUAUUUCCAUAUAACCAUAUAGGUGAUGCUUGA